CAAUGUUCACCUGCGUCUGGACCACGACCGUCUGGGGCCUGGUCCAGACUGCCGGCUGCCCUGUCCUGCCACUUGCGGGCUGCAGCGAGGCUCGCCUGCACCUGCGCCCUGCUGGUCGCCGGAGGUGGCCGCGCGCGGCGCCGCACGGCGCGGUCCAGGCGCGAGGCGCGGGGGCUGCGGCGAGGGGGCCUGCGCGGCGGGCUGCGGCUUCGUGCGAGCGGCGGCGGAGGGGGUUCCCGCGACGACUGGUGCGAGGCUACGCCGGGCCCGGGGCUGAGCGCGACCGAGGUGGUGGAGCUGCAGCUGCGAGCGCUGCAGGACAACGACCCCUUGACGAACGAUGGCCUGGCCAAGACCUUUGAGUUCGCCUCUGCGGGUAACCAGGCACAGACUGGGCCGUUGCUGCGCUUCGCUGCCAUGAUCCGUAAUGGCUACCCAGUCUUGCUGAAUUCAGCCUCUUUCUCUAUUUUAUCGGCGCUGCCGAUCGGCAACGUGACCUAUGCAGUUCGAGUUGAGGUGGUGGGGAACGGGGACACAGGCGGCUCCGUGCGGCGAUUCAUGUGGACGCUCUCCAACGUCGGAUCGGGAUGGAGGACCGACUCUGUGAUUCUCGACGAGGACAACCAGUAA